AGCCGGGCAUCAGGUGUUCGCUGUAUACAAGAUGGGAAAUCGGUUCUUGAUAUUGCUGUGCGUGAGUGUGGGCGUGGUGCUCUCCCGUCCUUCGGGCCAGGCGGUACCCGAAGUCAACACUCAAAGACAGGACGUCGUCCGCGCUGAGGAUGACCCGUUCAUCCUGGCUCUUCCCGUUAAGCACAAGGACGCACAGGCACCAGGAACCGCUAACCAGAUCGAACCCAGCGACGCCGUCUCAGACAAGAGCCCAGAUGAACCGACUGGCGACGACCUGAUCAUUUCUGUUGAUCCUGAGGCUGCUCAGAGAGCUGCUGACGACUCGACUGUCAGUCAGGCAGUUGCUGACGGCCAGGGAAACAAUGAGAAUGAAGCUUAUGAAGAAACUGAUGGGAUCCUGGGCGAAGUUAACGCCAGUCCCAGUCAGGUAGAUGAUGUUGAGGUUAGUGAAACAGCUCACGCGAAUGAAGAAGUCGGCCUUUCUGCUUCGGCCGCCGAAGAGAACGAGCAAGGAACCGUCGCAGAAAACGCGGCACAACAGCCUGUCGACGAAGGGGUGACCGCAGAGGACCAAGUUUCCAGCGACCACCAGGAAGGAGGCAGCGAAAAGUCCCUGGACCAGGCCACCAUCGGCGAGCAGAAUGCGGCCGACAUCACCUUCGUGGAAAAGGUGCCAAGAGGCCAAGAUAUCCCUGCCGAGUUCAUCAUCUCUGCGGUUGAAGGAAGGAAUGUUGCAACUCUGAUUGAGGAGGAGCAAGUACCUGCCGAAGCCGCAGCUGUUGAGGAGCAAAACAUUGCAGAAUCUACAGACGUGGAAACACAGGAAUCAGGCCUUACUGAAACCGCAGCUGCAGAAGCCUCUGAAGCAGUACAGAAUGAUGCUGAAUCUGUAGUUGCUGAAGAAUCUGCUGCUGUGGCUGACCAAAACCCUGCUGAAGCCGAAGUGAACUCAGCAGUAAAAGAACCGAACACUGCCGAAGUCGCAACAGAAUUAGAACAGCACGAAGAACAGCAGAACGUAGAGAAGAGAACUCCGGAACAGGAACCUGCUGAAGAACCACAUGCAGAACAAGAACCUGCUGAGACGGAAGUGAGUGAACAAAGCCAAGUCGACGAACAAAGAAGUCAGCCGAAAAAUGCCGAAGAAGCUGAAGAACAGAAGAACGCAGAGACAAACGAAGAACAACAGGCGCAGAAAUCACAGAACGCCGAAGAAGAGAGAGCGCAGGAACCCAAAACCGAACAGCAAACUGAAGAACAAUGAAAUGCGCAAAAAAAAGCAAUAACAACAGCUAAACCUUAAAAUACGUAAAAGAAGAACAACACAUGAUCCCCCACCCCAAAAACAAUAUCUAUCUAUCUCAAAAGACCGAAAAGAUUCCGCUAAACUAUAAAAGAAAAGUAUUAUGCUUCUUAGCUUGAACUUUGUAGCGUAACACGGUCGUAAUGCUUGGUUAUAAUAGUCUACCCUCUGCCCGUUUUCUGUCUUUAGCUUAUGGCUUUGUAUGAUAUGCACUUCUGUGUGGUGUUAUUUAUAAGAAAGGACAAUGAUACCUGUAUAUAAUGCAUGACUGUAGAGUGCCUUUUCCAAAUAAAAAACAACAUCAAUAUACCUAA